UUAAGUUCUGGUCAAGUGCUCACCAUCUGCAGAAUAAGGACCAGAACUUUACAGAGGUAAACUGUGUCAGUUCUUUUACUAUUACAGCAGUUCAUCGUGGCCCUGUAGUUCGCCUCCUUCACCAAAGCUCUGUCAGGGACCUACAUGAAGAGUGCCAUCACUCAGAGAGACACUUUGACCUGUCCUGCUCUCUCAUCGGACUCAUAGACGGCAGCUUUGAGAUGGGUUUCAACAAUAACAUUGAGUUGCUUGAGAAUUCAUGUAGUAAAAACCAGAUACAGACUACAGUAUGAUCCAUUUUUUUGUGGUUCAAUCAGAGUCUGCUCUCAAUACUGUCCAGUUUUAUAGUUGUUCCUAUUAAUUGAUUGACUGGCGUUUGUCCAUGACUCUACUGUCAAACCCCUAACAUUGUUGUAUUUGAUUCUAUGUUGUUGCAGCCUAGUAUCCAAACUGAUAUGUCAUUUUUAGUUAAAAAAAUAACAGUGUUUAUAAUUUGCUAUUCCUGACUACUGUAGUGUUGUGGUUUCUUGCAGGUAACCUGCUGUUCCUGGCUGUGGUCAGCCAUUUUGGGGCGAAGCUGCACCGGCCCAGGUUCAUUGCUAAGGGCUGUUUCCUCAUGGCUGUAGGAUCCUCCCUCACAGGCCUGCCACACUUCUUCAUGGGACGGGAGAAAAUCAAGUGAGUUUGACAAACUCCAGAAGGAGAACUCACAGAUGAAGAGCGUCAUCGAAAACCUGAGGAAGCAAAACAUGGCUUUAAACCAACAGGAUGACCAGGACAAGUUUUCAAGUUUUGGCUAUCAGGAGAGCUACCCAAUCGCAGAGGGCCAUCGUGGCUUCAUCAGUGAUGCCAGACUUCUGCAGAUGCAGAGAGCUGAAAGAGAGGCCAUGGAAGCAAAGCAAAGAAAGAUAAGUGCUAUCCAUGAGAAUUAUGUCCGGACUGCUCUCAUCGGGGUUGGCAGCACCUUCGCGCACCACUUCGUUCCCUCUAUUCAGUGCAUUCCGCGGCCGAAAGCUCCACCGAGGCCUUUGCCACGAAGGCUUGAGCACAUAGCUCUGGCCCCACUGAAGAACGUGGUGGGGGUGGACGGAGCCCAAGUUCGACCCGGAUCUCACUCUCUGGAGUCCAUCCAGGUAAAUAAGUCAUUCAGCAGCAGUAGCGUGUGGCCUGUUCCCGUCCCUCCCACUGCAGCUCCCUCCAAGAGGGGAAAGAAGAAGAAGGGCAGGCGGGGAGUCAAAGCCCUGAAAGUCCAGUCGGACCAGGGCUGUGCUGACAACAACGGACCCAUUGACCUGAUGGAGGAGGUGAGGGACAUCGAGGCUCACCUGAAGGAGGAGGACUGGAAGGUGGUACAUGAGGUGAAGGCCAUGGGCAGGAGAAGUUUGGGCUCGGCCAUGUCCACGGGGGAAAUAGCAACCAGCUCUCUGGGAAGCCUGAGCUCAGUGGAUAUGAACACCCCUGCGGAGCUCCGUGACUACUUGGAUGUCGGGACCCCGGUCAAGUCGCUUGACAGCCCACCCAGGCCUGCUCCCCCUCCUACCAAGCCCAGGAGCAAACAGCCUCGGCCUAUAAGGUUCCUUAGCCUGCCAAAGGCUGCCACCGGCUCAGACAAGAUGGCAGCCAGUGAGCCAAAGGGUCAAAUUAAGAACCAGGCCAGAUUGCAGCCCCUGUCCAACCCAGAGCAGGCCCUGACUAAGACCUUCAAGCUGCUCCACUCUGCCUCUGAUGACUGGGAGAAGAAGAUCGAGGGCUUGACCUUUCUCCGUGUGAUGGCUCAGAACCACAUGGACAUACUGAUGCCUAAACUCCAUGAUAUCUGUCUUGCCAUUAUAAAUGAGGUGAAGAACCUGCGCUCUGCAGUGUCCUGUGCUGCCAUGGCCACACUGGGUGACAUGUACGUCCACCUCCAGAGGGCCAUGGACAGUGAGGUGGAGGGGACGGCACGCGUGCUGCUGCACAAAGCCAGCGAGGCCAACGCCUUCAUCCGGCAGGGCGCCAACUCUGCCCUGGGUCACAUGGUGCAGAGCUGCACCCCUACACGUGUCAUGAAUGCCCUGCUGGUCGGUGGGCUGAGCCACCGUAACGCUGCGGUGAGGAGCUGCACUGCUCAGCACCUGGAGAGACUGGCUGAGGUCAUGGGGACGGCUCGUCUCCUGUCGGGGAAGAAAGACCUCACUGACCGUUUCUUGAUUGCCGUCAGUAAACUGGCUGUGGACCCUUCACAGGAAGUCAGGCAUCAUGGUCGCAAUAUCUUGAGCAACAUGGCCACCAAUGGCGACUUUCCUAAAAUGUGGGACAAAUUCGCUCCGAGGAAAGAGAGAGAAUCCUUGAGGGAGGUCAUCUCAAAGGUUAACCUCAAAGAAAGGCGCAGCAGCACACUGCCCUCCAAAGCCUGCAAAAUAAUCGCUCGACUGCCCCUUUCCUAGCUCUGCAUGGAACAUCCAGUGUCACAUCCUUGGUGACGUGUGGGGUGACAUCCGGGAUGACCACAGCAACAUCCUCUGGAAAGGGAAAAAAGAGGAUCAGGAUGUAAACAAAUGCAAACCGUAGCUUCUUAACACUGGCCAGUUGAAAGGUUCUGCUAAGAUGUCAUGACAAACGGCACCUGUCAGAGUGCUCUCUAAGUGUUACUCACCUGCUUGGAUGUCAGCUGGCAGAGUGUCGAAGACGGCCAUCGUGAGAGUCCUUUCUUCAGGUGUGACAUGCUCAAUCGAUCCUAUUUAUUUGUACUGAAAUUUGAUCUUUUUUUUUCUCUGCUGCUACUCGUGUUUUACAGAAACACGUUUGAGUGGGUUUUCUACAGUCUGGCGCAUGUUGACACAAUAUGGAGAAUGCAUAUGCUGCAAACCAGCACAACUAUCACGCAUCAACUAUAGACGAGUUUCACUCACUACUGCAGUUUGGAGUUAGGUUGAUGUUAGAGGCUACUGGAGGAAGUUAUGGGGCAUACUUGAACUCUUUAAGGGAACAUGAACCUUUCUACUCCUGCAAAUUAUGACUAAUAACCCUAAUCAAAUUCUACGAGAUGGGUUUUUGAAUGCAGUACUGUAUUUUCAUUGAAAUGGCAGAUUUGUAUGAUUUCACACUAAAAAAAUGUAUGUAAUGCUUCCCACAAAGAAAUUAUUUUACUAUUUUGUUUCAAAUGGUCCCUCUGGCAUGCAUAUUUCUGUAUGAUUUAACACAUGUUUGAAUCCCACUUCCUUGAUAUUUUUAAGUUAAUUUUAGUCCUCCUCCUUGCAUGUUUUGUUCCAUACCUGUGCCUUGGAGAAAACAACUAUAGCCCUCCAAGUCUAAUACGCUAUACACAACAGCAGCCUACAGUGUUAACUUAUUGAGAAUGUAUAUCAUUGUAUUUAACAUUCAAACCUCUUUUGAACUCUUCAGAUCUUAACCGGAUCAAACUGGAAUGUUAAUAUAUUACCCUAAGUCAAACUGGUUUUGGUGUCUUAGACACAAAAGGUUGUUUUCUCCUCAUAGUAAAAACACUGUUUCAUGGUUUGGAUUAAAAACACUGGGUAUUUGUUA